AUGAGGCCUCUAGAAGCAACCAGUAGACCUGCAGCACGAAGUAAAUCUCCUGCUGCUGCUGCUGCUGCUACCUUGGGGACAUCCCUUGGCGGCAGAGAUGCCUCGAAAGAUGCUGGAGCCGCAGCAGCAGAGGCAGCAGCAGCUGCUGCAACAGCUGCAGCAGCAGCUGCAGCAGCAGCAGCAACUCCCAACGGGGGCUUGCUGCAGAAGGUAGACCACCAGGGAGAGCAAUCGCAGACAGUUGAAGUGUACAUACUCCGCAGCAGCAGCAGCAGCAGCAGCGUGAUGAAUGGAUUUGUUGAACAUAUUCAGCAACAGGGGGCGAAUGAAGUUGCUCCUGCAGCUGCAGCAGCAGCUGCAGCAGCAGCUGCAGCAGCUGCAGCAGCAUCAACAGCAGGAGCAACAGCAGCAGCAGCCUCAGGUGGUUCGACAGAGCGGUCUCAGUCGGGUUGGGAAGCAGACGCACCACCAGCAGGAUUGGCAGCAGCAGGAGGAGGAGCAGCAGCAACAUCGGCAUCAGCAGCAGCAGCAGCAGCAGCAAAGCCUGGCAGGCUGUUAUGCUGCCGCUUGUCUCGAUGGUAUCUGCUGCUAAUCUUCUUGCUGCAGGCUGUCUUAAUUGGGCCCCACUACCUCAACUGGGCCCCCUUAAGGCAGUGUCUCCUUUACUGGGGUGCAUAUGAAUGGUUGUGUGAUGAGGAGUUGUCUCCCCAGCAGCAGCAGCAGCAGCAGCCGCAGCAGCAGCAGCAGCAGCAGCGGGAGGAGCAGCAGGGUGAAGCGGAAGUUAAUCCAGCCGUAUGGGCAGGUCCUUCUGUUUCUGAGUCUCCUCUAUUUGUGUCUCCUGUCUCUUUUUCAUCUCCAGCAGCAGCAGCAGCAGCACCAGCAGCAGCAGCAGCAGCAGCAGCAGCAGGGAGUGCACGGUGCAAAGCACAAGAUGUAGCUGUUGCUCGUCUCUUUGCAACAGCAACAGCUUCUGAUUUCGGAGUCUCCUUCAUAGGAGGGUUGCUGCUAGAUAUGUUAGGCCCUAAAGCAGCAAGCACAAUAGGAAGCUGCCUUAUGCUGCUCGGCUGCUGCUUAUUUGGUGUCUCCUCAGAGCAGCUGCAGCUGUAUGCUGUGGGGUUUGGGGUGUAUGGACUAGGCAUUGAUGCAGCUUUCUACGGUCUCCUGUGUCUGCCUACUUUGUUUCCGCAGCAGCCAAGCUGCGUUGCUGCUGCUCUUAUGUCUGCUCGCUGCUUAGCCUGGAGCUUUCCUACUGUGCUGCAGCAGCUAGCUAACCCUCGAGGGCCUGGGCUGUCUCAGCAGGUUGUCUCCUUAGGAGUUCUUAGCAGCUGUUUGCUGCUUGCAGUUCUCUUGUCUCUGCUCUUCAUCCCUACGAAACCUUUUCCUGCUGCAGACACAAACACCAACCACCAGCAGCAGCAGCAGCAGCAGCAGCAGCAGCUGCAGCAGCAAGAGGGGCUGCAGCUGCAGCACAUGCAGACGCCAUGCACUCAUGUGCAUCCGCAACACUCUCCUGCUGCUAAUGAUGCUCCUGUUGCUGCUGCUGCUAGUACUGCAGCGGCAGCAGCAGAUACUGCUGAAGCACCGACAGCAGCAAUGGGGGCCCCCGCAGCUCGAAUGAAUUCGCAGCAAGACAGCCAACACACUGUCUUGCAACUGCAGCAGCAGCAACAGCAGCAGCAGCAGCAGCAGCAGGGGGAGGGAUUAGAAGCAGCAGAUGAGGGUUGGGGUUUUGAAUUUGAUUGCUGCACAACUGUUGCUGACCUGCAGCAGCAGCAGCAGCAGCAGCAGCAGCAGAAGCAAGAGAAUGAACAGCAACAGGGGAAGGAAGAGGUGGAGGGGCAGCAGCAGCAGCAGCAGCAGCAGCAGCAGCAGCAGGAGCUGCUGCUGCAUGCAAAGGGAGCAGCAAGCAGGAGUUGCAGUGUAUGUGUGUUUAAUAGCUGUGAGAAGAAGCGUAGCGAGAGACUGUUUGCUGCCCGAUGGGUUUUAAUAAGGAGACAGCUGAAGCAGCUUCACAAGGAGACAGCUGAGUUCGUGCUGCAGCAGAUAUUCUGUCUCUCCUACUGGCCUAUCAUCCCUUACUUUAGUUUUACUCUUUUAAGAGGAGUGUUUUUCGGAGCAGCAGCAAAAGCAGCGGCAGAAGCGGCGGCAGAAGUAGCAGCAGGAGCGGCAGCAGAAGCAGCAGGAGAAGCAGCAGCAGCAACGGCAGCAGAAGUCGAAGCAGCAGCAACACCGAGCAGAAGAACCGUCAGCAAUGUGAAGAGCACCGCCUCGCAGAGAAGAAUACUUGUUGCUGGAGCAGCAGAAGCAGCAGCAGCAGCUGCUGCUGCUGCAGCUGCUGCAGCAUCUUUUAGGUCAUACACCCCAAUCUCUGCUGUUGCAGCAGCUGCAGCAAAAGAAGCAGCAGCAACUGCAGCAGCAGAAGCAGCAGCAACAACAGCUGCAGGGGGAGGAGCAACUGUAGCAGCAGAAGCGGCAGCAACUGCGGCAGCUGUGGCAGGAGCAACAGGAGCUGCAGAAGCAGCAGCAGCUGCUGCAGCAGAAGCAGGGGAAGCAGCAGCAACUGCUGCUGCUAAAGUAUUAGUAGCUGCGGCAGAAGCAGCAUUAGUAGCAGCUGCAGAUGCGGCAGCAACUGCUGCUGCUGUUGCAGAAGCAGCAUUAGUAGAAUCUGCAGCAGCAACAGCAACAGCAGCAGCAGCAGCAGCAGCAGCAGCAGCUCAGGAGACAAAGGGGGUUGCGUGUUAUAAGGCAUUCCUUUGUUUUCGUUUUGUUGCCCCCGCUGCAGCAAACCAGUCAGGUCGGUGGGAACGGUUGCUUGCUGCCCCCGAUGUUAGUGUGAGGGAGGCGUCGCAGCAACAGCAGCCGCAGCAGCAACAGCAUCAGCAGCAGCAGCAGCGGCAGCAGCAGCAGCACCAGAAGAGGCAGCGGCAGCGGCAGCAGCAGCAGCUAUCUGCAGAUGUGCAGCUGGCUGGAAGCGGCGGCAGCGGCUCGCGAGACCAGCCCUUGCAGGUUGAGGGGACGGCAGACCCGUCCACCCGCAGUAGCAGCAGCAGCAGCAGCAGCAGCAGCAGCAAGAAACACGAAUGCCCCAUUUGCUUCGAGGGCUUCUCUCUUGAUGACGAAUUCAGGCCCAAGGUGCUGUCAUGCGGGCACUCCUUGUGCUGCAGCUGCAUCUGCAGAUUGAUUGAUGCUGAAGCAGCAGCAACACAACCGCUGAUGCCGCUGCUGAUGGAGGUGGCUGCUUGCAGGCGUCGCUUCAUUGAGCUGCAGCAGCAGCAGCAGCAGCAGCAGGAAGGCAGCAGCAUCUUCCCUGCUGCAGCUGCUGCACAUGCUGCGGGCCUCUGGGGCGCCGUAGACGCUGCACCAUCAGCAGCUCUCACGGCAACAGCGGCAGCAGCAGCAACCGCAGCAGCAGCAGCAGCAGCAGCAGCAGCAGAGCAGCAAAGGCUGCGUGCUCUCUUAUCCUCUUCUCUUCUUGCUGCUCCCAUUCGCUGUCCUUGCUGCCGCUGCUGGAGCCGCGUUGCUGCGGAGAACCUUGCGCUGCUUCAGUUUGCUGAGGAAGAGGAGCAGCAGCGCAGACGUCGCCUCGAGGAGCAGCAGGAGCAGCAGCAGCAGCAGCAGCAGCAACAGCAGGAGCAGCGCCGUCGCGAGCUGAAGCGCCGACCUCCAGGGACAGAGGAAAGAGACAAUGAACAGCAAGUGAUGUGCGAAGCCCAUCCUUGGCAGCCCGUCGUCGCUCUCUGCGGUUAG